CAGUGUAUCGUAAUAUAUUAUAUUUGGUGUUAACAAACCAUUAAGAUGGGGAAACGGACUGGUGAAAUUGCAUAUUAUAGGUGUUCUCUCUUGUGGAUUUUGAAGUAAAAACAUAAAUUGAUUUAGUUCCAGGUCUGCUCUGCUCAAAAAGGAUCCAGAGUGGAGAAGGGAGACAAGGCUGAUUCUGAAGUGCCAUUAGAUUAUUUUGUCUGAUUAAUAACCAAUGAAUGGGGAACCCGGGUCACAAACUGCAAGGCAUCGAUUUUUUUCAAUGAUCGGAGUGACAGGAAGACUCUUGGCUGACUCAGAAAGUCCAGUGUGCCACAGAGCUUAAUAUUGGGAUGGGUCUUGGAAGGAACACCUUAUCAGAUCUUCUCCUGGAAAACAAGAGAUCUUACCCUAUCAGUGGAAGUUGAAUACCGUCUUUAUCUGUUCUGGAGAUCAUCAGAGUUGGUGAAAUAAUAGAAGAUUGGUGAAAGGAUCAAGCCUAAUCUAAAAAGGGCAUCUCAUCAUUUUCAAUGUGGAUGUUAUAACUGGUUUUAUAUUUGUGGGGUUUGACUAUUUUGGAAAUAUAUAUAUAUAUUAAACGUUGGACCAAAUAUCCAAGAAACUUGUGUAUGUUCUACUUUUCUGCAAUGGGAUUGGAAAUCUCUUAGUUGUGUGCUGGUGGCGAUCUAGUAAUCUGUUUUUGAUAGCUCCUUGCCCUAACAUUGACAUGUAUGAAAUGGAAAAACAAGGAUUGCUCAGUGCUCUGUGUUACUUGAUGCUGAACUCGCCUCUGUUAUUUAGUGUAAACGCCACAUUUACUGAAGUCCCCAAAGAUGUGACAAUAAGGGAGGGAGAUGAUAUUGAGAUGCCUUGUGCUUUCCGGGCCAGCGGAUCCACAUCUUUCUCACUGGAAAUCCAGUGGUGGUACCUUAAGGAACCAGCCAGGGAGAUGGCACAUGAGUUAGCUAUCAGUGCCCCUGGAAGCAGAAACAAGGUCAUAUCAAAUAAGGACGCCACAAAAAUCAGUACGGUCCGGGUCCAGGGCAAUGACAUCUCACAUCGGCUGCGACUGUCUAACGUACGGAAGCAGGAUGAGGGGAUAUAUGAGUGUCGGGUGUCAGAUUAUGGGGACGAUGAGACCCAGGAGCACAAAGCCCAGGCCAUGCUUCGGGUCACAGCCCGCUACUCCCCACCAGACAUGCAGGCGGCUGAGGCCGUGUCCCAUAUCCAGAGCAGCGGGCCCCGCAGGAGCAGCCCCAUAAGCAGAGCUACACCAGAGCCCGGCAAUAAGCGGCCCCCACCACCAGGAGACAGCCAGCCACCGUCUCCUGCCUCCUCUGCUUCCCCUGGGAGAGCAGCCAUCCUGCGUCAGCAGCCUGGAUCCGGAACAGGACCUAUUUUUGCCACUGAUCCAGUCCUAUAUGUGUUCCUCUUGAUAUUUCAUCAGCUUGUAUACUUAAUAUUCAACCACUGAUGGACCAUUUUGUGAAUAAUUCCUGAAUCAACCAAACAACCAUAGGAUCCUAUACAUAAAAAAAAAUGAAGAAAAAAAAAAAAACAUUUGAUGAAAGCUGCAGAUUAAAGGAAGGACUUAAACAGACUGUAUAAAGCAUGGAAAAUACUACAUGGUGAAAAAUAAAACAAUAUUUUUGGAGAACUUACAAAAGAAUUAAGCCACACAAAAAUGCAUCUAAUUUCCAAAUAAAAAAUAAAAAAAAAUAAAAGGUCAGAGGAAAGCCUUGCUGUGUGCACGGCAGUUAUAAUUUCCUAUAACGUAACAUAAAGAGGCAUUUUUUCUUUCUCAGAUUUCCUUGUUAUUGAUUUUGCACGAACUGUUGAACAGUUAUUUUUAUGAUGAUAUGUAAAUUUAUUGAUUUUAAAGGAAUAUUUUUCAGUAGAAUGUGUUUAAAUGUUUUUUGGGUUUUAUUUUUUUUUUGUUUUGUUCAUUUUGUUCAU